AUGGGUUCUGAACGGUAUCCGCUACAAAACAAAGGCAUCUUCAGGAACCUACCUUCCUUUGAUCCGAAUAUCAAGGGCUUGACGGCACUUGUCACGGGAGCAAAUGGCAUUUCCGGCUUCCAUACGAUGCGGGCGUUGCUGGAAUCCCCGCAACGCUGGACAAAAGUCUGGGCUGCGAGUCGCAGACCUCCACCGGAAGAGAUGAUGGCUCUGCUGACGGCCGAGGAACGCUCGCGUGUCGAGCACGUCGCUUGCGACUUUUUGGCCGAGCCAGAGGUUCUCGCUCGCCAGUUGACCGACAAGGGAGUCACUGCCGAUUAUGUGUUCUUCUGUAUGUCUCCAGAACGCCGAGAAGACAUCACGCUGACAGAGGUAGACUCGUAUGCACAUCCGCGGCCACCAGAGGGCCAACAGAUCUGGUCGAAUGCGCAGGAGCUGGUGGACGUUAACACUUCGUUGAUCCGCAACCUCACACAGGCAAUGGACAUCGCAAACAUCGUUCCCAAACGCUUCCUUCUGCAGACUGGAGCCAAGAACUACGGGCUGCAUUUGGGGCCAACAAGGACUCCCCACGUUGAAUCUGAUCCGAGGGUCUUGCUCGAGCCAAACUUCUAUUACCCGCAGGAAGACGUUUUGCAGGAGUACUGCGCAAAGCACAAGAUUGGGUGGAAUGUGAUUUGUCCCGCUUGGAUCAUCGGCGCAACACAGAACGCGGCGAUGAAUGCCCUCCACCCUUUCGCCGUGUAUGCAGCUGUCAAACAACACCGCGGCGAGAAGCUCGAUUUUCCUGGAAAUGCGGCCGCUUGGCUCGAAAACCACGAGCACAGCACCGCGCAGCUUACGGGAUAUCUAUCGGAGUGGGCAGUCCUCGAAGACAAGUGCGCCAACCAGAAGUUCAAUGCUGGCGACAACAGCCUGUUGCCGAACAAUCGUCUCUGGCCUGAGCUCGCUCGCUGGUUCGGCUGUAAAGAAGUCGGCCUCCCCGAGUCGGAUGAUGCGAAGAUCACUACAAUCCCUGGUGGCGACAAGCCUACUCCCAUUGGAUAUGUCUCUCAACCCGGGUUUCAUUUCAGCUUCACUAUGAGCCACUGGGCACAGCAGCCUGAGAAUGUCGAAGCGUGGAAGGAGAUUAUGAAGAAGCAUAAGCUCACUCACAACCCUUUCGACGACCCCGAAUGUUGGGCGUUUGCAGAUGUUGCCGCGUGGGGAGGCCGUUUCCAGCUCAGCACAAACAAAGCCCAAAACUUUGGAUAUACUGGGCACGUUGAUACUCUGCAGAGCCUGCACCGGGCGUACAGCGAGUUCAAUAAGAUUGGCAUGUUGCCUCCGAUGGUAGCAGAUGCGAGGCCUUUGCAGUAAAGUAGUGGUUGUUCAACAUGGGGAUCAUCGCAUCGUUCACUUCAUCAAUGGAUUUCUAUCUUCCGAACCCUUCGGAAACGACAGUCCAACUUCUUUCCACCAUCAAUGACAGGCGACGA